UCUCAUCCCUAGUCCAAAAGAAGAAAGCCAACGCCAUUGGAAGAUAGACAACCGGCAACUGAUCUUAUGUUACAGAGCAGUACGUAGGUACAAGAAAAAAGGAAAUGGGAACAUACAGAUCAGAGGAGGAUUACGAUUACCUGUUCAAAGUGGUACUCAUAGGGGAUUCUGGUGUUGGCAAAUCCAACUUGCUUUCUCGCUUUACUAAGAACGAAUUCAGCCAACAAUCUAAGUCCACCAUUGGUGUCGAGUUUGCCACCCGAACCAUUCAUGUCGAUGACAAGAUUAUCAAAGCACAGAUUUGGGACACCGCCGGCCAAGAAAGGUACCGAGCCAUCACAAGUGCUUAUUAUAGAGGAGCAGUUGGUGCUUUACUUGUUUAUGAUAUUACUCGCAAUGUAACAUUUGAGAACGUAGCAAGAUGGCUCAAGGAGCUCAGAGAUCAUACAGACCAGAACAUCGUCGUCAUGCUAGUCGGGAACAAGACGGAUCUACGCCACCUGCGUGCUGUUCCCACUGAGGACUCAAAGGGUUUUGCCGAGAGGGAACGUACCUUCUUCAUGGAAACAUCUGCUCUUGAGGCACUGAACGUUGAAAACGCCUUCACAGAAGUGCUGACUCAGAUUUACCGGGUGGUCAGCAAGAAGGUUCUUGAUGCAGGAGACGACCCAGCGUCUCUGCCUGCAGGACAAACAAUCAAUAUCGGGAACGAUGUAUCUGCUGUUAAGAAGGGCGGAUGUUGUUCAGGUUGAGCAAGGAUCAACCACUCACUACUACAUUUCUCAGAAUGCAGCUAUAAUUUUGAACUGCAGAAUAUGCAGGACUGCUGAGAAUUUCCGCUUCCUGUACAAAAAUUGUAUAGCAAUGCCCAGUCUACGACUGUAUAUUACCCAAAAGAAGAAUUCCAGAACCUUAGUGUGGGGAAAUAGGGGAUGCAAGUAAAUUUUGCUUAAGAACUUUGUUUUGUCUUUUCAUAAGUGUACAUCGGCAUUAUUGAUAUUUCAGCUGUGAAAAUGGUAAAGGCAACUUUAUUACUACAACAAAACGUCAACUGACAACUCCUCAAAAUUAAGAGUGUUAUUGAUAUGCAUGUCUACUGUACAGGAAAUACGCAUCAAAACUCUUUUUAACGGAAAUAUCUCAGCAUACUAUUGCUUUUCUUGGUUCAUUGUUUAACACAUUUUGCAGGAUACAAAGGUUGAAAAAGAAACACACUUGGGACUUGCCUGGACUCUCAGAGCAGGUGACCAGCAGAUAUUGGUCUGGUAUACCACAUCCUAAAAAUUAAGAGUGUUAUUGAUAUGCAUGUCUACUGUACAGGAAAUACACAUCAAAACUCUUUUUAACGGAAAUAUCUCAGCAUACUAUUGCUUUUCUUGGUUCAUUGUUGAAUACGUUUUGCAGGAUACGAAGGUUGAAAGAGAAACACACUUGGGACUUGCCUGGACUCUCAGAGCAGGUGACCAGCAGAUAUUGGUCUGGUAUACCACAUCCUAAUACAGUUUUGUUUCUUUUCUGGAAGUGGUGUGAAUUUACAAAUCACGAGUUGGGGGCGAUUGCGCUUCCAUCUACAUAGAGCUUGCAGAAACAGAAGUUUAAGAAUCCAGAGGGGAGGGUAGGAGGGGAGAGAGAGACUUCAGUGGUCCAUGGGUACCUUAUUUGAUCAAAGAGAGUGACACUACAGACCU